AUGAGUUUCCAUUGUUGACAGAUUCAAGAGAAAGCUCAGUGGUCCUAGUUUGCAGAGGAAGCAAUGGAGGAGAGUUUUGUGUCGUUCUGUGGAAUAAAAAACGAUAUCCGAGGGCGAAUCAGGUGUUACAAUCAAGACUGGACCAGUGGCCUUAAUGCUGGUUUUAGGAUUUUGGCCCUCACCACCUAUAUAUUCUUUGCAUCAGCAAUUCCAGUGAUUUCAUUUGGAGAACAAUUGGAAAGAGACACAGAUGGGGUUCUCACAGCAGUUCAAACAUUGGCUUCCACUGCAUUGUGUGGAAUAAUACACUCUAUCAUAGGUGGUCAGCCUUUGUUGAUACUUGGAGUUGCAGAGCCGACCGUCAUUAUGUACACGUUUAUGUUCGAUUUCGCCAAGAAUAGGCCGGAUUUGGGGUCACAGCUGUUUCUUGCUUGGACUGGAUGGGUAUGCGUGUGGACUGCAAUCUUUCUGUUCCUGCUGGCUAUCUUAGGAGCUUGCUCCAUUAUCAACAGAUUUACUCGUCUCGCCGGGGAGCUGUUCGGCCUUCUUAUCGCGAUGCUUUUCAUGCAGCAAGCUAUUAAGGGACUUGCCGAUGAGUUUCGCAUACCCGAAAGAGCAAAUCCAAAGACGAUCGAGUUUCAGCCUUCGUGGAGAUUCACAAAUGGGAUGUUUUCUUUGGUUUUGUCAUUUGGUCUUCUGUUUACUGCAUUGAGAAGCAGAAAAGCGCGAUCUUGGAGAUUAUCUAUAUCCUCCGGAAGGAUCAUUGCGAGGCUUCGUAGCAGACUAUGGCGUUCCAUUGAUGGUAACUUGCUUCAAGCUACAAUGGUUGCAGGAUGUGUUGCAGCAAUGCCUUUGAUUAAAAAGAUCCCGACCUUGGUGCUUUGGGGCUACUUUGCAUUCAUGGCCAUCGAAAGCUUGCCUGGAAACCAAGUACUAGAGGAGUACCAUGCUACAUUGGUGGAAACCGUGCCUUUCAAGACAAUCGCCAUGUUUAGGGUAUUCCAGGCGGCGUACUUGCUUGUUUGUUUUGGGAUUACUUGGGUUCCGAUUGCCGGGGUUCUUUUCCCGUUGAUGAUCAUGCUCUUGGUUCCUGUGAGACAAUACGUAUUGCCCAAGUUUUUCAAAGGAGUGCACCUUCAAGAUCUCGAUGCUGCUGAGUAUCGUUAUGUAACUUUGUUCGAAGGAGAGCUGGUUAGGACAGCUUCCUUUGCUGAUGAUGGAGAGAUUUUAGAUGGAAUGAUUACCCGAACCCGGGGCGAGAUGAGCAUUUGCAGCCUGAAGGUAUCAAGCUCCACCACAAUUCCAUCCAAAGAAUUUAGGAGAACCAUCUCAGAAAAAGUGUGCAGCCCGAAGUUAACAACCUCCACCACUACUCCAUCCAAAGAAUUUACGAGAACCAUGUCGGAAAAGGUGUACAGCCCCAGAGUAUGCCAACUGAGAGGGAUCUAA